AUGGCCGUCAAGUAUGCCAGCGUGGUGGAGGAUGGGGACCAUUACAUGACCCCCAGGGACUUUGUGCAGAACUACCUGUCGUUGCACACACGGCCCCAGUACAAUCCCAGGACGGUGAGCCUCCUGGCGGGCGUGGCCGACACCACCAAAGACGGACUGAUCUCUUUCCAGGAGUUUCAGGCCUUUGAGUCGGUUCUGUGUUCCCCGGAUGCCCUUUACCUCGUGGCCUUCCAGCUGUUUGACAAGACAGGCACUGGGAGCAUCUCCUUCGGUAGGCGAGAAUGUGCGCGACAUCUUCAGCCAGACCACGGUGCACACCACAUCCCGUUCAACUGGGACUGUGAGUUCAUCCGGCUGCACUUUGGCCACGAGAGGAAAAGGCUCCUCAGCUAUCCCGAGUUCACACAGUUCCUGCAGGAGCUGCAGUUGGAGCAUGCCCGCCAGGCCUUUGCUCAGAAGGACAAGAAGAAGAGCGGCUCCAUCACAGCGCUGGACUUCAGCGACAUCAUGGCCACCAUCAGGCACCACAUGCUCACCUCCUUCGUGGAGGAGAACCUCGUGUCCGCGGCCGGAGGAAGCACCUCCCACAUGGUCAGCUUCUCCUACUUCAACGGCUUCAACGCCCUCCUCAACAACAUGGAGCUGGUCCGCAAGGUCUACAGCACCGCGCAGGCACUCAGCUGGACAAGCCCGUCACCAAAGAGGAGUUCGCUAACGCAGCUAACCGGUUCGGACAGAUCACCCCCAUGGAGAUAGAGAUCCUGUACCAGCUGAGCGGCCUCCACUCCCACUCUGGGUGGGUUAACUAGUUAUUCACUA